UAAGAUCUUUUGAGAUGCUCGAUAGUUUAGCUUGAGAAUUAUUAGUGUUUUAAGAAUUCAAAAUGUUAAAGUUGUUAGUUCUCAGCUGUUUAGUGGCACUUAGCUUAGGAGCUGCUUUAGACAACCGAAUCGUCGGCGGUGAAGAUGCAGAAUUAGGUGAAUAUCCACACCAAAUUUCUUUGAGAUUCCAAGGCAGACACACAUGCGGUGGCUCAAUUUUACAUUCUUUGUACAUUUUAACAGCAGCACAUUGCGUUUAUGGAAGGGAUGCCAAUAUCGAUUUGUUCACCGUGGUUGCCGGUUCGGUGCUGCUCUCACAAGGAGGAGAUGUACAUGAAAUAGCAAAAAUUACUUAUCACAAAAAAUAUGUUGCUGCUUUCAAAGGCUAUGAUGUUGCCAUUCUUAAGUUGAAAACUCCCAUAACAUUUGAUGAAACAAAGCAACCUAUAGCUCUUCCAAAAGAAGACACCAUGGGCGGAGAGACUGUUGAAGUUUCUGGUUGGGGCCAAACUACUCCAUUUGGUCAAAUACCAGAUCAUUUACAAAAAAUGAUGGGUAUCUCAUACGAAAGUCGCAUUUGCCAAAAAUUUCUCAAUCAAGGACCAAUCAAAAAUAAAACUUCUAGACAAAAUGAUAUAACUGAAACAAUGCUGUGUGCUUUCCGGAAACUGGGCAUCGGUGUAUGCAUGGGUGAUUCCGGUGGUCCUCUGAUCGUUCGAGAACCUGAUGGACCAGUUGUUGUCGGAGUGGUGUCUUUUGGUAUUCCAUGUGGCACAGGAGUACCAGAUGUCUAUGCAAGAGUAUAUCACUUCUUGGAUUGGAUUCACAAAAACACGGAUAAUGUUUUAUUGAACAAUUCUGAAUGGGCUUCAUUAGAAAAUCGUAUCAUCGGUGGAGAAGAUGCAAAAGAUGGAGAAUAUCCUCACCAGAUCUCAUUGAGAUUCCAAAGCAGACACACAUGUGGAGGCUCAAUUUUGCAUUCAUUGUAUAUUUUGACGGCUGCACAUUGCGUUGAAGGAAGGGAUGAUGAUGUCACUAAAUUUACCGUUGUUGCUGGUUCGGUAUCGCUUACGAAAGGAGGUGAAGUACAUCAAGUAGACAAGAUUACUUAUCAUGACAAAUAUAGUCCAGAGACAAUGCACAACGAUAUUGCAGUAAUCAAGCUGAAAACACCAAUUACUUUCGAUAACAACAAAAAAACAAUAGCACUCCCUAAGGAAGACACCAUCGGAGGAGAAACUGUGCAACUAUCUGGCUGGGGAUUAACUGCGUACCCUGAUGGCGAGAUUCCGGAUAUUCUGAAGAAAAUGAUGGCUAUUACAUACGAAAACAGCAUUUGUGAAAAAUUUCAUGAAAAUGGGCCACUAAAGCCAAAAGCUUCAGGUGAUAUUAUCAAACCAGGAAUGCUGUGCGCUUAUCAUAAGCUCAACAUCGGAGCAUGCAGGGGUGAUUCUGGUGGUCCUCUUGUUGCCGAAGAAAAUGGAAAAUUGGUUCAAGUAGGAGUUGUAUCAUGGGCUUGGCAAUAUUGUGCUUUGGGAGUACCAGAUGUAUAUGCCCGAAAAUAUUUUCAUCACUGUGUCAAGAUGUUGCGUUUGGCAGUUAUCGUUUCUGUAUUGUGCCUUGUCUCAGGGGCUUCUCUGGAGAGUCGUAUCAUCGGUGGUGAUGAUGCCAAACUUGGUGAAUUUCCUCACCAGAUUUCCUUAAGAUUCAAUGGAAAACACACUUGUGGUGGUUCUAUCAUUCAUGAAUCGUACAUUCUGACUGCAGCUCAUUGCGUAUAUGGCAGAGCAACUCCAUCACUGUUCACCGUUGUGUCAGGCGCACUUUACUUAACUGAAGGUGGAGAACAUCAUGCUGUUGCUUCCAUCAAAUAUCACGAAAAGUACAGCCCAAACACUUUGGAUAAUGAUGUGGCAGUUUUGAAGUUGAAAAAGCCAUUGACUUUUAAUGCUAACCAGAAACCAGUCGCCUUGGCCUCAAAGGAUACACCUGGGGAUCUCAAAUGCAAAUUCUCUGGCUGGGGAUUAGACGCAUAUCCAAGUGAUGUUUUACCAAAUCAUUUACAAAAAAUGGACGUUCUGACCUACAAUAAUGCUGAUUGCCAAAAAUUCCAUAAUGCUGGACCUAAAUCUAACACAAUCUACCCAGGAAUGUUGUGCGGAUUCAACAAACUUAAUGUCGGUGCUUGCAGGGGUGAUUCUGGUGGUCCAUUGGUAUACGAAAGUGCAAAUGGUUUGGAACAAGUCGGUAUAGUUUCCUGGGUUUAUGAAUACUGUGCUUUGGGUGUGCCAGAUGUCUACGUUCGUGUAUAUUACUACUUGGACUGGAUUCACGAAAAUACCGACCAUGUUUUGCAAUAAAUAUAUAACUCAUGA